AAUUUCAUUUGCCACUGCUCUCACUCUCUCUCUCAGUUUCUCUCUCUAUCUGAAUAUGUUCAUGGCGGCCAGGAUUCCACUCUCUCCCACCACUGAUAUUCCCCUUUCAAUUGCAACCAAUUUAUUCACUUCUCCGUCGCCGAAUUCGCCGUCUCUCCGUUACGGCUUCAAGAGAAAAGUACCGCCACCGUCAUCUGCACCAAGAUCAAAUGUCGUCGUCAGCGAACAAGUUAUUGAAUCUCUUACUACAUCUGACUCAACCCAAGCUUCUCAAUCCACCCCUUCGACGCCGUCUUCUUCGUCCAAGCUCGUUCUCGUUGUUGGUGGCACCGGCGGCGUCGGGCAAUUGGUUGUAGCAUCACUGCUUACUCGGAACAUCAAAUCACGGCUUUUACUCCGAAAUCCGGAGAAGGCCGCCACUCUUUUUGGCAAACAAGAUGAGGAAAAGUUACAGGUGCGGCAAGGCGACACACGGAAUCCAGAGGAUUUGGAUCCUACUAUAUUUGAGGGUGUGACACAUGUUAUAUGUUGCACUGGAACAACAGCCUUUCCGUCUAGAAGAUGGGAUGGAGAUAAUACACCUGAAAGAGUAGACUGGGAAGGGGUGAAAAACCUUGUAUCGGCAUUGCCUUCGUCUUUGAAAAGAAUUGUUCUUGUUUCUUCUGUUGGAGUCACCAAGUCUAACGAACUUCCAUGGAGCGUGAUGAACCUUUUUGGUGUUCUAAAGUAUAAGAAAAUGGGGGAAGACUUUGUUCGCAAUUCCGGCCUGCCAUAUACAAUAAUCAGGCCAGGCAGGUUAACUGACGGACCCUACACAUCGUACGAUCUUAAUACUCUACUCCAGGCUACUGCUGGGGAACGCCGAGCUGUGGUUGUAGGUCAAGGGGAUAAACUUGUGGGAGAGGUUAGUCGGCUUGUAGUUGCAGAAGCUUGCAUACAGGUGCUCGACUUCGAUUUCACCCAAUCCCAAAUCUACGAAAUCAACUCCGUCAAGGGGGAAGGACCGGGAAGCGAUCCUGAAAAGUGGGAGGAAUUAUUCAAGACUGCUCAGAAAUCACUACCAACGUUGUAAUCUCAUUUGAUAGACGUGUAUAUAUAUACACACGCUGAAACAAGUUUCAAACUGCGAAGGUUAGCUUGAAACAGUUGUUCGUUUUACACGAAAGUGAUGUACAUAACUUAAUACAGAUAAUGCAACUUGAAUCAAUUGAAUCGAAAUUCGUAUGCCAAAAUUAUGAUAAAAAUUAAUCAGGUUGUAUGAAUAUUUACGUAAUCUUACAGUUCCGACAAAUA